AUGAUUUUCAUCUCAAGCUCUUCGUCUCUGAACCUUGUCGAUUGGUUUUACUCAUGCAUUUAUCACUAUGAGGCCGACAUCCAUGGGCGUUUCUUGCCUUUGUGGCAGCAUCGCCCAGCGAGUCAGUCCGCGUCGCACCGACUCAAAAGUCACCGAGAUAUCCAUUAGUCACAGCGACACUGACAGACACGCUACCGGUAUCCUGUGCGCAUCGUAUUACCCGAUUGAGGAGCCUGGCCUCUACGGAAAUACUUCAGAACAUAUCGGCGCCGAUGGGUACGUGAGAUUCUUCUGUCGCAAGUGCGGCUGUCACAUUUUCCGACGCAAGGCGGUGGGAGACCGGGCGGUGGGAGACCAGGCGGAGUGGGAGGCAGCGACUGGAGCCUUGAUCGAUAGCACCGGCGACAACGCCGAGCAUAUCGGUGACGCGCGCUUCACGGUGCACACAUCAGUUUCCGAUACCAAAGACGGCGGCAUCUCCGUAUGGCUACCUCAAAUAGACAGCCACGCGCUAGACGCGAACCGGAAUCCGAACUUCUCCGUGGAGUCGCAGGCGAGCUCGUCCCUGCUGCCGUUAUCUCGGCUUGUUCCAGCGGACUCGCUGCCGGCAUCGUGUGUCUGUGGAGCCGUGAGCUUCCACAUUACCCGGCCUGACGAGCGAAGCUACCUCCCGCAUUCCGGCUUCUCCGACUUGCUCUACCCGGCCUGCAAGCAUUCCGAGCACAUCGUGAAGAAUCCGGACAACGUGAAAUGGUGGAUCCGAGCCGACGGAACCAAAUAUCUCGCCGGGACCUGCGCCUGCCGCCCAUGCCGCCUUGCCUCGGGGUUCGAGAUCCAGACCUGGGCGUUUGUCCCCCGCGAGAACAUCUUCCUCCACACGCCGGGCCCCGGUGAGCGACGCGCUGUGGUCCCGCUCGACUUCGCGGCGCUACCUCCGGGCGUGCUGCGGACCUACGAGUCGUCUCCGGGGGUGCUGCGCGAGUUCUGCGGGGGCUGCGGGGCCACGGUCUUCUGGCACGACAUCUGGCGGCCGGAUGUCAUCGAUGUCAGCGUUGGCCUGCUGCGCGCCCCGGAGGGUGCCAGGGCCGACACGUGGCUCGACUGGUGUAUGGAUCGCUGCAGUUUCGAGGAAGAGGCGGGCAGGGGCCGGACAGGAGAACCCGCGCGCUGGGCGAGGAGAUUAAUCGACGGUCUGGAACGAGGCUUGCGCUCACAGGCACAGUCAAGUUGAUACAACCCCGCUUGUCGCGGAUUCCCAUGGCCUCUUGUAUUAGAAACGCGGUGUCAUCACGAUCAAUGCCCGUAUAUACCUUCAUAUAAACGCUGUACCAGUCGCUAAACAUGGGCUAUAAUAUCUUGGCAAAGGUAAAUGCGCACAUGGGCCAGAGGAAUUCUGGGCUGAUCUGCAAAUCUCCAUCUACCCUUGGCCUUGUAUCCCUAAGGAUGGGUCCGCGAAGCCCGUGUCACCCCCCUAUGCUUGCGCGUUUCGCAAUAAUGGAGUUGCCAUGUAAUUGGGACGGAACAAGGGCGUCGUCCUAGAAUAGCCCAAAACUCGGGAAAGGCCUUGUCGGGGCAUUAUUCAAGAUAGAAUAUCGGCUUGCUUGGCAGAAGUAAGGUUUGAAUAGUGAUUUGUAUGUAGUCAAGCGAGCUCGACUAGGCGGUCCUCCACGGGAGGAACACGGAAAAU